UAUCAUCAACCAGCAACAAGCAAUUCAACAACUGUACAUCUUCAGAAGCUUAACAAGAAUUCAAACUUUCGGACAAAGAAAUAAAAAUGGCUUUGGUGAGAAGUCUAUUGGGAGCAAAGAAGAUUCUAAGCCGCUCCACCAGAGCAGCCUCGACGACCCCAAAAGGCUUUCUUACGGUGUACGUAGGAGAGAGCCAGAAGAAGAGAUAUUUGGUGCCAAUCUCAUACCUAAACCAGCCUUCAUUUCAAGCUCUGCUAAGUAAAUCCGAGGAAGAGUUUGGAUUCGAUCAUCCGAUGGGUGGCUUAACGAUUCCUUGUCCUGAAGAUACCUUCAUCACCGUAACAUCCAGGCUUUGAUGAUGAUAUUUAAAAGUUGUAAAAAGUAACAGUGGUUAGAGAUAUAAACUAAUGUAUAAUAUAAGUUAGUUUUUUCCCUCUUUAUUUGUGAAAAAAAAAAGACGUUACAAAACUCAAAUGUGAAUACCAGUUUUGUGUACAAAACAAUGGUGGCAACAGGUAUCACAGAUAGUAAUUUGACAAUAACUUCAUUUUGCUGCUGUAUAAACAAA